AUGAGAGUUUCCGCCGUCUCCACGUUUGCAAACACCUCCCGUACACUUUCACAAAGGAGGCUCGUCCGUGUUCAACUCAAGACAGAAGUUCCAGGCAUAGGUAGCGCUGGUAGCGUCGUUCUCGUCCAACCUGGUCGUAUGCGCAACGAGCUGCUGCCUACGCACAAAGCUGUGUACCAACCUCUACCGACCCCUUUCCAGCUCUCGCACGAAAAGGCCAACGCCUCGCUCGCCGAAUCGCAGCUCGAAUCGGCACAAGCUGCACUCGAUCUUCAGCAAGCGAGGGACGCUCUUUCCAAGGAACUGGGCCCACUCCAGCUGCUCAGUCUGCGAAGAAAGUUGGAGGCAACACCUCCUGUCGUCUUUUCGAGGCAGACCACGACCAAGUUCAAACCCUCAGCGUCAGCAAACGGUGAGCCGCAUCUGCCCAAGCCCGCACUCGGUAUCCAGGGAAGCAUCUCGACGACCGACAUUGUCAGCUUUUUGAGGGAGCACGGCGCUUUCGAUCUCGAGACCGACUACAGCGAAGGCGGUAAACCGGUGCAUCUCAACAGGCUUACGCUCGCACAGAUCAACACGGCUUGCGAAUUCUCGCUCGUCUCGGAAAGCUCAAGCUCACAGCACGGGAGCGAAUCGAUCGAUAAACUCGGUCGUAUCAAAAAGACAGGUCGAUACGCGCUUGUUGCUCACAUCUUGCCAUCCAACAUCCGCGCUCGCAUUCCGGUCAUCGUUCGACCCAACCUCGCUUCCACUUCCUCGGUCACGUCCGCAUCAACCCCCGCUUCCGCUUCCACUUCCACUUCCGCUUCCGUCUCGUCCAUGUCUGGCCAAACACGAGGUUACGCUACAUCAUCCAAGCCGACGAGCAUGGAAAGCGCGAUGCGCACCAAACUCGAAGCCGAAUUCGGCCCACAGGUCCAAGUGCACAUCCGGAACGAUUCCAGCAAACAUGCUCACCACGCUGCCAUGGCUGCUCAGGGCGGUGGAAACGGCGAGACGCACUUCUACGUGCAUGUGGUUUCGGACAAGUUUCAAGGUAUGACACAGAUCAAGCGUCAUCGUGCCGUCAAUGCGCUCUUGCAGUCCGAGUUUGACCGCGGUCUGCAUGCGUUGAGUCUUCGCACCAAGACGUGGGCGGAAGAAGCCAAGCUCAAGCCGGAGCUUGACGCGGCGUCAAACCAAGAAAGUACUGUGGAGGAUCCGACGAGGUGUGCGCAAACGCCCAGUGCGACGUCGGCGCGCGAAUCGUCUCUGUGGACAGCUCCGCAAUCGCAGCUCUAUCCAACGUCGCCAUUGGCGCAUGCGCCUGCUUCCACGACGACGCAAGCCACCGACGAUAUCCUUUCCGCCUUUUACACACGUCCUCCAACCACGCCGACCAUCGCGCCGAAUGCGCGCUCCGUCACUCGGCACCAACGCGAAAAGUUCUUUCGCCGAGUUACCAGGGACGAAGCGGUCGAACCGUCGGCUCAACAGAACCGGCUCAAUGUGCUGGGUGGCAUCCUUGCUACCGCUUGUGCGGCCUACAUGGUGCUCGUCGCAGACUUUGGUCAACCCGAGGGCAGCACCAACUGCUUCACCGAUCUGAGAAAGUGGGUGUGGGGCGAGCAGGGACCACCCCAACUGAACGUCUUUUGA